AUCUCUAAGAUUAACAAAAAAAACUCAACCAAAAAGACGUCGAAAGUUUUCUCCGUGUUAAAACAAAUAAUUAGCCAAUUUACUAACGAAUCCGACGAUUUGCCUUUGGGCAAAUUAUGCGUGCGGCACAUAGUGCAUUCGAAACCACGUAAAACCCAUCGAACGCGAGUGAAUUCGACCACCUUGCAGCUAUCCACCCCCAUUGUACAUGAUUUACACGAAAUUUUGCAACAACAAAAAUCAGCAGCGACGACGCAUCGCAGACGCCGCGCUGCCAACAAAAAACACAGGUUGACAUAACUGUUAAUACAGGCAAAAGUAAAUUAUUAAACAGUGGUGGUCCACACACUCGCGAAACGGGAGACAGUAGUUUUGGCAACGAAAAAGGUGGGUGUGUGUGUGUGUGUGUGUCUGAGCCUGGUCCACACAGAAAACGCGCCCUACAAAAAACUGCAAGUGCCAAUUGGAGUGUGGGAGUGGCAGCAUUUGCCAAUCCAGUUGGAGGCGCAGGCGGAACUAGAAGCAGCAUCAGCAGCAGCGAAGCACCACCACCACGAAUCUUUGUUGAGGAUCGGAUUGCCCAAUAAAAACAACAAUAAUAUUCAAAAGAAAAAGAUAUACAGCUAGAUUUCUACAACAUUUUUACAAACACAUUACUUAAGGCACUUACCCGAAGAGUGUUUUUGUUUUAAGUACUGGAAAGUGUUGACUAGAAGUCGCAGCAGCAGCACCAGCAAUCAUCAACAGACAAAAGGAAACUUUACACACGACAGUAUAAAAGUGUUUUGCGCCUCUGCCCUCUGCCCCCUCAAAACAAAUAUAUAACGAAAGAUACAUAUAUAUCGACAUAUAGGGAGGGGAUACCGUAAAUGAUCCAAUAACCAAUAGACGAUAGAACGAUCCAAGAGCAGACGACUGCAAAAGCCUGCCACGGUGUGGGGUUUUCUGUACCGGUGUGCCACUGCAGCCCCUGGCGCUGGCAUGGGCGCCAACGUCUCGCAGCUGGAGCGGGAGAUCGGCUCGGAUCUGUUUCCGGCCAAUGAGCACUACUUCGGGCUGGUGAACUUUGGGAACACCUGCUACAGCAAUUCGGUGCUGCAGGCCCUCUACUUCUGCAAGCCCUUCCGCGAGAAGGUGCUCGAGUACAAGGCGAAGAACAAGCGGCCCAAGGAGACGCUGCUCUCCUGCCUCGCGGAUCUCUUCUACAGCAUUGCCACGCAGAAGAAGAAGGUCGGCUCCAUAGCGCCCAAGAAGUUCAUCACGCGGCUGCGCAAGGAGAAGGAGGAGUUCGACAACUAUAUGCAGCAGGAUGCCCAUGAAUUUCUCAACUUUCUGAUCAAUCACAUCAACGAGAUCAUCCUGGCCGAACGGAAUGCGGGCCCCACGCAUGGCAACGGGAAUGGCAAUGGAAAGUCGAGCGGAGCGGGUGCCAGCACCUCCCAAAUGGCCACCAGCACAGCCAGCAAAUCGAGCUCCACUUCAAACUCCAAUUCCAACUCGAACUCGACCUCCAACUCGACGACGACCAAUGGGAACAGCAGCAACUCCACGGGCUCCCUGAAUGCUGCGGCCACCACGAGUGUGCUGGAUGCCAGCGGUGGUCUGACGGCCACCACCACGCCUCUGGUGCAGACCAACGGUGCCAAUUCGGAGCCCACCUGGGUGCACGAGAUCUUUCAGGGCAUACUCACGUCGGAGACGCGUUGCCUCAACUGCGAGACGGUGAGCAGCAAGGAUGAGAACUUCUUCGAUCUGCAGGUGGAUGUCGACCAGAACACCUCGAUCACCCACUGUCUGCGGUGUUUCAGCAACACGGAGACCCUCUGCUCGGACAACAAGUUCAAGUGCGACAACUGCUGCAGCUACCAGGAGGCCCAGAAGCGGAUGCGAGUGAAGAAGCUGCCCAUGAUACUGGCCCUGCACCUGAAGCGAUUCAAGUACAUGGAGCAAUUCAAUCGCCACAUCAAGGUCUCGCAUCGCGUUGUCUUUCCGCUCGAGCUGCGACUGUUCAACACCUCCGACGAUGCCGUCAAUCCGGAUCGGCUGUACGAUCUGACGGCCGUGGUCAUACACUGCGGCUCGGGCCCAAAUCGCGGACACUACAUCAGCAUUGUGAAGAGUCACGGCCUGUGGUUGCUCUUCGAUGAUGACAUGGUCGAUAAGAUUGAGGCCUCCACCAUCGAGGACUUUUAUGGCCUCACCUCGGACAUACACAAAUCCUCGGAGACGGGCUAUAUACUAUUCUAUCAGUCAAGGGAUUGUGCCUAGAGAUCAUCCUAAAUCAAGUUUAUGUUUGUUUCUUUUAAGACCAAAAUUUUUAAAGACUAUUACGCGUAUAUUCUGUAUCUUGUCUAUCCAUAAAACUAUUAUCCUUUAACUUUGCUAAUCAAUAAAAGAAAUGCAUGCACGACAA